UGGGACGUGGCUUUGUUUUUGCGGUGGGACGGCGGCCGGGCGCGGUGACGCGAGCUUGCCGGAACGAGACAAGCGUCGCAUCUCUGUGCCUCUGUGCUUCCGUCCAGAAGUCAAGAUGCCGCGCCGGCCGGUAUAUUUGCCGUCCAAUCGUUAGUUUACAUCCCACGCGUGCGAGCUGCUCUUCUUCUUGGCAUCGAAUUGUGUCUGCGGCACUGCAACCAUGGAUACUGCCACCACCACGACUCUUCUCUACGCGGCGCUCCUCGCGGCGGCGUUCCUCUACCUCGCCGCCGUCCGGCGCGCCCGCAGCAGCGGCCUUCCGCCGGGGCCGACGGGGCUGCCGCUCGUGGGCAGCCUGCUGUCGCUCGACCCGGAGCUGCACGUCUACUUCGCGCGCCUCGCCGCCAGGUACGGGCCCAUCUUCUCCAUCCGCCUCGGCUCCAAGCUGGGCGUCGUCGUCACCUCCCCCGCGCUGGCGCGCGAGGUGCUGCGCGAGCAGGACCUGGUGUUCGCCAACCGGGACACCCCGGACGCCGCGCGCUCCAUCUCCUACGGCGGCGGGCAGAACAUCGUCUGGAACCCCGUGGGCCCCACGUGGCGCCUGCUCCGCCGGGUCUGCGUCCGCGAGAUGCUCAGCCCCGCCGGGCUCGACAACGUGCACGGCCUCCGCUGGCGGGAGUUCAGGGCCACGCUCCGACACCUGCACGACGUGUCCGGCACGCCCGUCGACGUCGGCGCGCAGAUGUUCCUCACCACGAUGAACGUCAUCACGGGCACGCUGUGGGGGGGCAACAUCGGCAGCGAGAGCGAGCGCGCCGCGGUCGGAAAGGAGUUCCGGCACCUCGUCGCGGAGAUCACCGUGAUGCUCGGCGCGCCCAACUUGUCCGACUUCUUCCCGGCUCUGGCGCGGUUCGACCUGCAGGGCAUCCGCAGGAAGUCAGACGUGCUCAAGGAGCGGUUCAACGAGAUGUUCGCCAGGAUCAUAGAGCAGAGAGUCAAGGCCGAACAGGCCGGCGGCGAGGCCGCCGCGCCGGACUUCUUGGAGUACAUGCUCGGUCUGGAGAAGGAAGGCGGCGACGGGAAGACCCCUUUCACCAUGACCAACGUCAAGGCCCUGCUCAUGGACAUGGUGGUCGGGGGGACAGAGACGACGUCGAACACCGUGGAGUGGGCCAUGGCUGAGAUGAUGCAGAAGCCGCGGAUACUGAACAAAGUGCGGGAGGAGCUGGACGCGGUGGUGGGGAGGGACGUCGUGGUGGAGGAGUCGCACCUCCCGCAGCUGCACUACCUGCACGCCGUGAUCAAGGAGACGCUCCGGCUGCACCCGGCGCUGCCGCUGAUGGUGCCGCACUGCCCCAACGCGGACGCGACGGUCGGCGGCUACCGCGUCCCGGCGGGCUGCCGCGUGUUCGUGAACGUGUGGGCGAUCCAGAGGGACCCCGCGGUGUGGAAGGACCCGCUGGAGUUCAUCCCGGAGCGGUUCUUGGCCGGCGACGACAGCGACAGCGGGCGCAAGUGGGACUUCAGCGGCAGCGAGCUAGACUACAUCCCGUUCGGAUCCGGGAGGAGGAUCUGCGCGGGCAUCGCCAUGGCGGAGAGGAUGACGGCCUACUCGCUGGCGAUGCUGCUUCACGCGUUCGACUGGGAGCUGCCGCCCGGCGCGCGCCUCGACCUGACCGAGCGGUUUGCGAUCGUCAUGAAGAAGGCCAUACCGCUGGUGGCCGUGCCGACGCCAAGGCUGUCCAAGCCUGAACUCUACUCCACCUAGCUCGAUCCACCGAACAUAUCGUUGGCACGAGCCUAUAACCACUUCAGUAUGCUACAAAUUUGCCCUUCUCGUGAUGCUGGUGGUGUUCGCUCCAAAGUUUAAUACUCAUACUUAAUCAAAGCUCCAUUUGUUUAUAGUUAUUUGAUUAUUCUAUGAUUACAAGAUAUGGACAUUGAUGCAUAUGUCGUUGCAACUA